UUUUCUUUUCUUUUCUCUUUUUCUUUUUUUCUUUUUUUCUCUACCUUUUCUCCCUACUCCUAAUUUAUUCUUACAAUGUCCAAAACUUUUACUCGUGAAGAAGUCGCUCGUCAUGCUUCUGAAGAAGAUUUGUGGAUCAUUAUUGAUUCCAGUGUAUAUGAUAUGAGUCGCUUUAUUGAUCUUCACCCUGGUGGUGCAUUCCCUAUAAUUGAAUUGGCUGGCAAAGAUGCAACUGAUGCUUUCUAUGGUCUUCAUCGUCAAGAAGUUUUACUCAAAUAUAACCGUUAUAAGAUUGGUACUAUUGCUAAUGAACAACCUCAAAUUGAAAUGCGCGAACCUGGUUCUUUCUCCAAGGUGCCCUAUGCUGAACCAAGUGCUUGGAUGGGUUUCAAGUCUGCCUACUUUACUGAAAGUCAUUUCAAAUUCCGCGCUGCUGUUCGUAAGAUCAUGGGUGAACUUGAACCUGAUUUCCGUGAACUUGAACAAACUGAUGGUAAACCCUCUGAUGAACUCUUGCAAAAACUUGGUCAACAUGGUCUUUUGGCUUGUAAUGUUGGCCCUGGAAAACAUCUUCGUGGUGUGAAUAUCCCUGGUGGUGUCAAACCUGAUGAAUUCGAUUAUUUCCAUGAAAUGAUUGUCCAUGAAGAAUUCGCUAGAGUUGUCCCCAGAGGUGUCGAUGAUGGUGUUAUUGGUGGUUUUGUCAUCUCUAUUCCUACUGUUCUCAAUUUUGCCAAACCUCAAUUGCGCGAAAAGGUUGUUCCUGAAGCCUUCUCUGGUAAAAAGCGUAUUUGUUUGGCCAUUACUGAACCUUAUGCUGGUUCUGAUGUUGCAAGAAUUCGUACGACUGCUAAACUUUCUGCUGAUGGUUCUCACUACAUUGUCAACGGUGUUAAGAAAUGGAUUACUGGUGGACGAUUCGCUGAUUAUUUCUCCACUGCCGUUCGUACUGACAAGGGUCUCUCUAUGCUUUUGAUUGAACGUGGUGAAGGUGUUGAAACCAAGGCCAUCCGCACUUCCUAUUCGCCUGCUGCUGGUACUGCCUAUGUCACCUUUGAAAAUGCUAAAGUUCCUGUUGAAAACUUGUUGGGUGUUGAAAAUCAAGGUUUCAAGGUAGUUCUUUCCAACUUCAACCAUGAACGUUUGGUUAUGCUUAUGGGUGCCAGUUAUGCUGGUCGUAUGGCUGUUGAAGAAUGUUUCAAGUGGGCCAAUCAACGUAAGGUAUUUGGAAAACGUCUUAUUGAUCAACCUGUUAUCCGUAACAAGCUUGCUAGCAUGAUUGCUCAAGUAGAAUCAUUCCACAAUUGGCUCGAAAAUUUGACCUUCCAAAUGAAUCAUAUGGAUUACAAGGAACAAUCUGAAAAGCUUGCUGGACCCAUUGCCUUGGCCAAAUACCAAUCCACGCGUAUGCUUCACAAUGUGAGUGAUGAUGCUUGUCAAAUCUUUGGUGGUCGUGCUAUUACCAAGACUGGUAUGGGUCGUUAUGUUGAAAUGCUCCAAAGAACCUACAAAUUCUCUGCUAUCUUGGGUGGAUCUGAAGAAAUCAUGGCUGAUUUGGGUGUUCGUCAAGCUAUGAAGCAAUUCCCUACUGGUGCUCGUUUGUAGAAGGAAUAAAUGGAAGACGCUCUCGAUGAUAUCCCUAUUCUAUUGUUAGAUAAGUUAUAGUUUAUGUUGUUAUUAUUGGUCAGUUAAUUACCUUGAUGAAAGAAAUAAAAAAUAACUUGACUUUGAACCAGAA